UUCUUGUUCACAUCCACCGGCUGGAGAUAAACUACAAACAGUCUAUGGUUCGACUCCAGGCAGGCAGCUACUGCUACCAGACCCAGCCUGGAUCGUGUGCCCUGCCAAGGGCAACUCCAAAGCAGAAAGGACACCAGGAGGAACCCUGGCACUUACAUUGCAGGAGAGACCCUGAGAACAAGGAGUUCACUCACCUUACAGAUCAUCACAGGAGCUGCUUCAUCGACAAACUUGGGCUUUUAUCAUUUCUCUCCUUUUCUUUGUUUUUUUCCCUUUCCCAGUGCCUAAUGCCUAAUGCUUGCUGAAGAUCAGGUUCUCUUAUGCUACAGUGGAAAUAAGUCCACAAAGCUGCUGUAUGUUAAAAAAUAGAAUACAAAUAAAAACAGGGGGAAAAAAAAAACUUUGAACAGGUCGCUGGUUUUGUUGACAUUCCAUCCAGUGGAAUUUGCAGUUUUUUCUCCUGCUGUCCACAUUUGCAGGCAGACAAUGGUGCUCAUCCUGCUGGUUCUCCUGGCUGCUGAGUUACACUUUACAGCUGCUGCUCUGUCUAAUAGGACUGCAGACUCCAGCCUGGGAGAUCCACCUGCCCAUUAUAAUCAUCACAUGGGGGCUGCCGCUGCUGAGCACCAGAGGAGAAGUGGCAUCGUGCAGAACAUUGACCAGAUCUAUGCUGGAGGAGGGAAGGUGGGAUACAUUCUCUAUGCAGAUGGCAAGAAGUUUAUACUGGACUUGGAAAGGGAUGACAUGCUGCUCUCCCCCCACAUCAGCACCAAGUACCUGGGACGUCUCCAUCCUCAGCAUAGGCUGCACAGGCAUUGCUUCUACAGGGGGACCGUGGACUCCAGCCCUCAGUCCCUGGCAGUGUUUAACCUUUGUGGUGGGCUUGAUGGAUAUUUUGCAGUGAAACAUGCCCAUUACACCAUCAAACCCCUAAUCAAAGGGAAGGCGGGGAUAGGGCAGGUGUACAAUGAUGGCUCUGAGAGGGUACUUCAUGUAUUUAUUAAGGAUCGCUUCAGUUUUGAGACUGUGCCUUCCAGAGCCAGCUGUGAGACCCAUGGCAGGAAGCACCACAAACAUGGGAAAGGCUCCGCCAGGCAUCCAAAGAACCAGCAGAGGACCCGAGCUAGCCUCCAGAAAGCCAACCAGACAUCCUCAGCCACAGACCAGAACUUCAAAGAUACAUUGUUGCAAAGAGGCAGCCUGAAGAGACGCCAGAGGAGAUCGGUUUCCAAGUCCAGGCAUGUGGAACUUCUCCUGGUAGCGGAUGAGUCUAUGGAGAAGAAGUACGGGAAGGACCUCCACCAUUAUCUGUUGACUUUGGCAUCCAUAGCUUCGCGGCUUUACAGUCAUCCAAGCAUUGAAAACCACAUCCGCUUGGCAGUGGUCAAAGUGGUGAUGGUGACUGACAAAGAGAAGGGACCGGAGGUGAGCAAAAAUGCAGCCACAACACUAAAGAACUUCUGCAAGUGGCAGCACCAACACAACCAGCUGGACGAUGAGAAUGACCAACACUAUGAUGCAGCCAUCCUCUUCACCAGAGAGGAUUUAUGUGGGCAUCAUUCAUGUGAUACCCUGGGAAUGGCAGACGUUGGAACCAUAUGCUCUCCUGAACGCAGCUGUGCAGUAAUUGAGGAUGACGGCCUACAUGCAGCUUUUACUGUCGCUCACGAAAUUGGACAUCUGCUUGGACUUUCCCAUGAUGACUCCAAAUUCUGUGAGGAGAACUUUGGCUCUCUUGAAGACAAACGUCUUAUGUCAUCUGUCCUUACUAGUAUUGAUGCUUCGAAACCAUGGUCAAAAUGCACAUCCGCCACAAUUACUGACUUUUUGGAUGAUGGUCAUGGAAACUGUUUGCUAGACCAGCCAAGAAAUCCAAUCUUGGGACCUGAGGAACUCCCUGGGCAAAGUUACGAUGCCAUCCGCCAAUGUAAGCUUGCGUUUGGGCCUACGUAUACCGUGUGUCCGGGUAUGGACGUUUGCUCUCGAUUGUGGUGUGCUGUUGUUCGUCAAGGCCAGAUGGUAUGUCUAACAAAGAAACUUCCCGCUGUGGAGGGAACACCAUGUGGAAAAGGAAGGAUAUGUCUGCAUGGCAAAUGUGUUGAUAAAACCAAAAAGAAAUAUUACUCGGUUUCAAGUCAUGGUAAUUGGGGCUCUUGGGGUCCAUGGGGACAAUGCUCUCGAACAUGUGGUGGUGGAGUCCAGUUUGCAUAUCGCCAUUGCAACAACCCAGCUCCAAAAAACAGCGGAAAGUACUGUAUAGGAAAGCGAGCUAUCCACCGUUCAUGUAAUGUUACCCCUUGCCCAUCUAAUGCUAAAUCCUUCCGACAGCAGCAGUGUGAAGCACGAAAUGGCUAUCAAUCUGACGCAAAAGGUGUGAAAACAUUUGUUGAGUGGAUUCCUAAAUAUGCCGGCGUUCAGCAAGGAGAUGUGUGCAAGCUCAUAUGCCAAGCUAAAGGAACUGGUUAUUAUGUUGUUUUUUCACAAAAGGUUACCGAUGGCACUGAAUGUAGACCUUACAGUAAUUCUGUCUGUGUAAAGGGAAAAUGUGUUCGCACUGGUUGUGACGGGAUAAUCGGAUCCAAACUACAGUUUGAUAAGUGUGGAGUUUGUGGAGGGGACAAUUCCAGCUGUACAAAAGUUAUGGGCACUUUCACAACUAGAAGUAAAGGGUAUACUGAUGUGGUGAAGAUUCCAGAAGGUGCUACACAUAUCAAGGUUCGCCAGUACAAAGGCAAAGACCAGACAAGGUUCACUGCGUACCUGGCAUUAAAAAAGAAAACAGGAGAAUAUAUUAUAAAUGGUAAAUACAUGAUAUCUACAUCAGAAACUAUCAUCGAAAUGGAUGGUUUUGUUAUGAACUACAGUGGCUGGAGUCAUGCCGAUGACAUGUUGCAUUCGAUGGGACACUCUUCCACAAAGGAGCCUCUUGUAGUACAGCUCCUUGCAACGGAUGCUAGUAAACCAAUAGAUGUGCGUUACAGUUUCUUCGUACCUGCGAAAGAAGCGCUUACCACAAACAGCAUAAACAACAUAAACAAUGUAGUUCCAAAGAUAACACAGCCACAGUGGGUGACUGGACCUUGGCUCUCAUGUUCUAGAACAUGUGACACUGGCUGGCAUACCAGGACUGUCCAAUGUCAAGAUGGACAUGGGAAAUUAGCGAAAGGGUGUCUUCUGUCUCAGAGACCUUCGGCAUUUAAGCAGUGCUUGUUGAAAAAGUGUUAACCAAAGGAUUUACCAUGUCUUAAACCACACAGUACUGUAGUACUGUUUUACAGUAAACAUAGUAAGACAUAUGUAAGUUAGUAUGGUGGAAUUCUACCAAAACGACUCAAGUGCUAUACGGUAUUUGGGGUAUAGAAGAAGACAUUGAUGUAAAACAUGUGCUGCAUUAAGUCCAUUUGACCUGUGCAACCCUCAAUACCAAGAGGAUUAUUGCAAAAAAAAUCACGCAUUGGAGGUUCCUGGGAUAUUUCAAGUAAUCCCUCUUAUGUCACCUACCUCUUGCAAAGAACACCUUAAGGAAUAUCUUUUAACUUGUUCUUGUGGAUGGCAUGCAGUAGGUUAUAAUUGUGGUGUUUUUUUGUAAAUAUAUGUCAUUUGAUGUGUCCAUACUUUAUUUAAGCACAGUGACUGACCAAAGUAUUACUGCAGCUGCUCUAACCAACUGUGUUCUGGCUGUAGAUAUUUACUGGAAAACAAGAGCUUGCUACUCUUUAUUAACUGAUCGUUUUUACAAAACAAACAAAAAAAAAACGAAAGAAAAAAAAAAGAGUACCACAACAAUGAAUGUGAGACAGCAGAUUUUCAUUAUAGAAAGUGUGAUGCCUUUCUUAAGGACUUUUCUAAAUUUCCAAUCAGAGUUACAUGUAAGUGGACUGGAAAAAAAAUUACUUAUAAUGGCAUCCAAAAAAAAGCAAAACUGCCAAGUGAUUGCUGUAAAACAUCUGACAGUGGUGGUGGUGGAGCUUCAUAAAAAUAGUGCUUGGGUGGGAAAAAGCAAACAAUUUAUUUUUAUGGUGUUGAAUUUAACUUAGUGCAGAUACAUUGUUGAACAACAAAUAACAUAACAAAGAUUUGUAGUUCAAUCAUUUCUAUCAUGGAGGAAGUUCUACACCACCAUUUUUAAUAGUCCUGAUGUACAUUGAACAUCGAGGUAUAUACAUAUCUUUUGUGCUGAAAUAGUUACAUAUUUUUAUACUAAAGGAUCCAGUACUGGUAUUUGUUUUUCUGCAGAUAAUACUGUGUUAUUAUUGGUGAAUCGUGGGUUACAGAAUCCAUGUGUUGUUUUCUUGUCUACCCAAACAUGCCCAAAAAUCAUAGGUAAAGCCAACUACUUUCCA